AUGACAUCUCUUGGAUAUCAUAAAUUCUUAAUAGUCAGAUAUUCGUUCGCCAUCAACUCAUCUCAAUGGACGCAUAAUAACGAUGCAGAUAUGUUCAUUGUUCUUGAGAAUAUGUAUUCAUCCGACGCACUUGCCCGAUCCACCGGGGAGCCAACGUUCAAGAUUACAAGACAUAAUGACGAAUUAGAAUGCGUCAACCUGUCUUAUAACACGUUGAAUCCACGCGCAUUGAUGAAAUAUCCCGUAUUCGGGUUAAAGUACCAGCAAAAUUACCAAAACUUGUUGCAACAGCGUAAAUUUCAAGUAAAAUUUUUCGAUACGGAUGACUAUAUAGAGUGCGGGAGAAUCGUCUCGAGAUAUAUCAACUGCAAGUUUAUACGAUCAAAUGACCAGUCAUUACCGCAAAAGAACAACGUCAAACCACAGUUUGCAAAUUCCAUUGCCCAAACAGCGACUACGAUGCAGCCCAUGACAUCUAACUUUUUAGCAAACAAUUUAUCUGAUGAACAAGGAAUAAAGAACGAAGCGAACAUGACAAAAAAUCGACCCACAGUCCAUUUGCCCAUCAAACCAAAUGCUCAAAAUACAACAGAAAACCACAACUGCAUGCCACGGUCGCAUAUCUCUCUCCCUGCAUCGCUCGCUCAAUUGAAUAAUGAAAAACCAUCACUCGCCUCUCAGAUAUCUCUACCGUUGGCAAAUCAUAGCUACAACAACGUUGGUAGCAAAGAUCAUUGUGAUAAUAUUGUCGUAUCAUCAAAUGUCACACCUGAUGAACCACAAGUCGGUAUUAUAAGGAACCAACGGCAAACAGCUACAACCACAAACCCAAUUUCGUUUGCUUGUCACGACAACCGCACAACUUGCGAUUGUUGUCAAUCAGCCAAAUCACACAUCAUGCCAAAUGCUGCCUACGUCCAUGAUCCCGGUUGUCAACCCAUGUCGAAUACAAAUUACUCAUCUUGUUCUUCAGGUUUCCUACACUGUAAACCAGAGGACGGUAGGCGCGUAAAGACAGAGGAAGGAAGACAAGGUGAAACAACUGCUGGUUGGCAAAGUGCUAUCGAUUUAAUUAGUGACGAUGAGAGUGACAAUGUCUUGGCUAGUGAGAAACAAGUAAAUGAAUAUGAACUGAAAUAUGGAAUUAACCAGCAGCAAUGGCAGCAACAAAUUGUCCAGUCUCUACCCCAAAACUUUCCGAAUUUUUCUUCGUCUCAUACUAGAUUGUCCUCAUCAAGUUACCCAAUUCACGAUGCUAUACUGAAGGAGUGGAUGAUAAACAUACUCCAAGAUCCAGAAUUUCCUUCACUUGUUGAGAAAGUUACUGCAAUAUUGAUGAGCACUUGA